ACAAUGGUGCCCACUUCUAUGGAAUCACCCACAAGCUUAGAGCGCAAAACAGUCCCAACAGUAUUAUCUAAUGUAUAAUACACAAGAGCAUAGGGUUCUUGUUUCGGAGGCUUGGUCUUCGUCUUGCUUCCAGUAGCAGCCUUCCUUUUGGCCAUAUUUUCUUGAAUUAAUGAAACUUGAUGUAAACACGAGCCACUGGACAAACCGUUUGGAGGGUUUUGAUUUGAAUGAGUGGGCUCGCGGAAACUGUUAAUACUACCAACAGUAUGCACCCAAACUAUGUUUCACGUUGGACAACAUUUAUUUAAUCUGACUAUAUAAACAAAACUAUUAUUUUAAAAAUUAUAAAAAAAACUAGCACACCGUUUGAUUCUUUGUUUUUAACGUGCAAUGUUUCAGAACGUGAGUUCAGGUAGAUCGGGGAAUGCUGCAAUGAUAAUGUUGCCAGUUUGAAUAAGCACAGGCAAAUAUGUGAAAUCCCGUGGAACGAACAAAAUAUGACAAAUCGGGUCAAUUAUUUUUUCAUGGCGCGAAAACACCUGAAGAAAUACCUGCAUUCUGCAUUUACAUGUUUGCCGACCGGGUUGUAACCAGCACGGGACUACUAUUCUACGUGCGAUGUGGCGAUGAUUGCGAAAAGCAUGAUGUUGAAACGUAGUUUUAGAACGACAGCUAGUGAAAUUCUUUUGUCUGUAUUUUGAGGCUAUGUAGAUACAAAGAAUUGAGAGAAUGUCUUCCAAUCCGAGGAAACGACUGAGGACUGAUGAACCAACUCCUGAUUUGAAUUUAGCUGCAUCUGAAAGCUCACAUUCCCCUCAGUUGCCUGUUGCAUCUACAUCUGCACAGCCAGAGUCACUGGUUGAGCCAGCAAUACAGGCUCCACCCCUUUCUGUACCGCAAGUACAUCCUGGACCUGCACCACAUCCAGGACCACAACCUCUCCUUGGACGUUUUGAACCAUCUUGCCAACCAGCGCUUGAGAAAGAUUUAAGAAAACGGCUCAGGCUCGAUCAACCAACUACUGAUGUAAGUUCGACUUCAUUUCAAAGCCCAUCUUCCACUCAGUCUCAAUCUGGACAGCCCAAGUUAAUGGACAGGUCAGAUGUAUCACAAGAAUCAAUUUGUCGGGAAGUAAUUGUUGAACCACUGCCUUAUGCUGGACCACAACAGUAUUAUUCUGAACAUCAUAAACCAGCUACUGUGGCAAAUAUGUCUCCCAGUCAGACAAAACAGCUUAGGGCUAAUCAACCAAUACAUAAUGAAAAUUUUGCUGCAUUUGAAAGCCCACCUCUUCCUCUGAUACCGCAAGCCUCAGUUACUCAAGAAAUCGUACAGUUAGAACCGUGCCCCAGAGUGCAGCAACAUCCUGGACUUCAGCAACAUACUGGACCACAGUCACAUCCUGGGCCACAGCGCCAUCCAGUACCAGGACUUAAUCCUGAACAUCCUGAAAUCCAAUUGGAACCAAAUCUUCCUGCGUUCAUUCAGUCUGAUAUUUUGAACAUAUUCAGUCCAGAAGCCGCAGAUGAUGGUGAACUUUUUGAGGAAGACAGUGGUGCUACCGGGGAAAGUGCUGAUGGUGGAAGUGCUCAGUGUAAUCAUCCUCUUUAUCCGGGUGCUCCAAUUUCAUUGCACCAGUCUUUUGUAGCUAUUUUAACCCUAGUUCUCACCUUUAAACUUAGUGGUGUAUGUAUAAAAUCCAUAUUGGAUCUGAUUGCCUUUCAUCUCCCUAAAAACAAUAUUUUUAGGACAUCCCUCCAAGCUUUCAAGGACUAUUUUUUGUACAUGCAGGGUCCAAAAACAUUUGAAUACUAUUGCUCAAAGUGCUUCAAAAGCUUACAACCAAAUACAAAAUGUAAUAUUUGUCCUGAUGGUAAAGUUUGCUUUCUUGUGAAACUAUCUAUUGUGCAACAACUGGAAACACUAAUGCAAAGGAAAGGGUUCUAUUCUAAACUUCGGUUCUCCUCUGACACCAGCUCUGAAGAUAUAUCGGAUGUGUACAGUGGACAACAGUAUGCAAACAUGGUAUCUAUUGGUUGUCUUGGUAAAGAGGGUCAACUUUCUGGCAAAUGGUAUACUGAUGGAGCUUCCUUGUAUAAGAGUUCUAAUGUAAGUGCAUGGCCACAAUAUAUUUCAAUCAAUGAAUUGCCCUUAAGUGAGCGUUUUAAACCAAAAAAUGUUCUUGUUACUGCAAUCUGGGUUGGCCCUGUAAAGCCCCCAUGUAAUCUUCUAUUCUCUGCUGCUUAUCCGGAGUUGUCAAAACUUAGUAGUGGCAUCAAGUUUGCUGUCAACGGUCAUGGGGAGAAAAAUAUUUCUCUAUGUCUCCUUGAUGGAACAGGCGAUACACCAGCAAGAAGCCUCGCAAUGAAUCUUGUGCAGUUUAACGGUGAAUAUUCUUGUCAGUGUUGUCUUCAAAAGGGCGAGGCAAGACAUAAUUGCCCUGGAGUAAGAAUCUUUCCGUAUGCAAAAGAAGAAAUGGUUGCACGCACUCUUCAAGGAAUGAAGGAACAUGCCAAAGACGCAACACCUGAUAACCCUGUCAUGGGAGUGAAGGGCCCCUCGGUUCUGUCCAAGCUAACUCCAGACUUUGUCAGUGGAACCUGCGUGGAUGCGAUGCAUUUGGUUUAUCAUGGUGUAGGAAAGAAAGUUCUAAAACUUCUUACCAGCUCUGAAAAGAAAGACAAAGGAAAGUGGAGUAUUCACCAACAUGCUGACACUAUAAAUAAUUUGCUACUUAACAUCAAGCCUCCAUGUCACUGUGAUAGAACUCCAAGAUCUCUGUCAGAUCUAGGAUACUGGAAGAUAAAAGAAAGCAAAGCUUGGUUUGAAGAUUAUUCACUGGCAAUUCUCCAUGGCCUUCUGCCUUCGCGCUAUUUAGUGCAUCAUGCUACCAUUGUUGCUGCUAUACAACUUCUCAAUGCAGAUGUCGUCACCACCAAGAAGUCAAUACCUACUGCCAAAAAACUACUUCAUGCAUAUGUUGCUCAAUUUGCUGAUUUUUAUGAUGUUAAAUACCUAACAAUUAAUUUUCAUCUGUUGCUCCAUCUAUGGGCAGUAGUCUUAGCAAAUGGACCAUUGUGGUGUUACUCGUGUUUUCCCUUAGAAAGUAUUAAUGGGCUUAUCCUGUGUCUUGUUCAUGGAACGCGUUGGGCAGAGCGGCAAAUUGCAACCUCAUUGCAAACUUGUUUAGGUCUUCCAGAUCUGGUAGACACUUUGCCAGAGUCACCAUGUAAAGACUUCUGCAAAAACCUUAUAAAGAGACAAAAAUUUGUCCGAAGUCAAGAAGUUGAAAGAAUGAUUGUCAUCGAUACUCCAGUGCCACUGCAAACAACGGAAAUGAGUGAUUUGUUAAGAGGCUUGAAGUACACCCGAAUCUCUCAGUUUUCUUACUUGAAGAAAGGGAAGUACACAUUCGCUUCUGCUUCAAGUCAGCUUUCAAAGAAGAGAGACUCUAGUGCUGCAGUUUAUCAGUGUGAGAAUGGUGCAGAAGAUGUAGGCAUCAUACAAACCUUUUUACAAUUGCAUGAGUGUACUUGUGAAACCAAAUGUGAAUGUCCUUGUGAGUUGUAUGUGGUAUUAGAAAAGGUGCAAGUAACUUAUCGUUUUCCUACCCUUGUCCCCGACGUUGUGGUGCCAAACAACUUUCAAUACAUAGGUUCAAAUUGUAACAUAGUUCUAAAUGCAAGGGCACUGAAAAGUGUGUGUGUGAAAAUACCUGCUGGCAACAAAAUGUACAUGUCCAAACCAGCCAACACGCAUGAGUAUGAGUAA